UCGGUGCCGGCUUGCUUGCAACAACCACCACCACCACCCCCACUCUGGACUCUUUGCGCUCUCCGUCCCAUCCAUCGUGGGCUCAGUGGGGGAGGAGGGGGGGGGGUCUUGCCUUGUCCACCACAAGCUCUGCUCGUGUUUGUCUCUCCGUGUCAGUGGCAACUUCGGCUGAGCCGUCAUCGUUCAUCUCCGACGCCUCCUCCCGCGUGCAAUUAAUUUUUACGCAAAAACGCGCACGUACGCGCGCGCGUUUUACAUUACUACGAAUACGUAAUAAUUGUGAUAAUAAUAAUUAUAAAAGACAAUAACAGCUAGUACGUGUUCGUCGCCUGGCUCGCUGGCUGAGUGGGGUGGAGGGGGGGGUGGUGCUUGUAGUUUUGGAUGCCAGAGGAGCUGGGAGAAGAGGAGAAAUCAAGAGCGCAGCGCACUUAAAAACCUGCCCGGCUCCGCAAACACGCGCGUGUGGGACCUGCGCACUCCUCCGUGCGUUCCCUCUCGUCCCUGGGAGCAAGACGCCGACUCCAGCACACACACAGACACACACACACAGACAGACAGAUAGACAGACAGACACACACAGACAGGCAGCCCUCCAACCCCUCCGCCCGACCACUCGUCUCCUUCUCGGCCCGUAGGCGCGCUUCUCUGCACCCCUUGAACAUUAUGUACGCCGGACGUAAGAGGAGAAAGCCUGUCCAACGAAGCACCAAGCUGGUGCCGGUGGAAGGAGCCAAGUCUAACCCAUCCAAGCGGCAUCGUGAGCGCCUGAAUGCAGAGCUGGAACGGCUGGCGGGGUUGCUGCCCUUCCAACAGGACGUCAUCUCCCGGCUGGACAAGCUGUCCAUCCUCCGCCUCAGUGUCAGCUUCCUUCGUGCCAAGAGCUUCUUCCACGCCCUGAAAAGCAACAGUGGUGACCGGAUCAAGGAUGCCUCGGGGACAAGCGACAUGGUCCUACCCGAGGGUGAACUCCUUUUGCAGGCCCUCAACGGCUUCGUGUUGGUUGUCACAUCGGAGGGCCUCGUAUUUUACUCAUCACACACCAUCCAGGACUACCUUGGCUUCCACCAGUCCGAUGUCAUCAACCAGAGUGUGUUUGAGCUCAUUCACACCGAGGACCGCAGCGAGUUCCAACGCCAGCUGCACUGGGCGUUCAACCCACCGGGCGGACAGGACAGCGCGACGGACACUCACGCAGAGACUCCGUCCUGCUCGUUCCUGGUGACGUAUAACCCCGAGCAGCUGCCACCUGAAAAUUCUUCUUUCCUGGAGCGCAACUUUGUAGCGCGCUUCCGCUGCCUCUUGGACAACUCCUCUGGAUUCAUGGCGCUGCACUUCCAGGGCCGCCUCAAGUUCCUGCACGGGCAGAACCGCAAGGCGGCCGACGGCAACCAGGUGCCGUCCCAGCUGGCGCUGUUCGCCGUCGCCACGCCGCUCCAGCCGCCCGCCAUCCUGGAGAUCCGCACCAAGAACAUGAUCUUCCGCACCAAGCACAAACUGGACUUCACUCCCCUCGGCUGCGAUGCCAAGGGCCGUGUGGUGUUGGGCUACACAGAGAUCGAGCUGUGCAUGCGGGGCACUGGGUACCAGUUCAUCCACGCUGCUGACAUGCUGCACUGCGCAGAGAAUCACGUGCGGAUGAUGAGGACAGGAGAAAGUGGCCUCACGGUGUUCAGGCUUCUCACCAAGGACAAAGGCUGGACCUGGGUCCAGGCAAACGCUCGGCUUGUGUACAAGAACGGGAGGCCUGACUACAUCAUUGCAACUCAGCGGCCACUUUCGGACGAGGAGGGAGCAGAGCAGCUGCGCAAGCGCUCGUUGCACCUGCCCUUCACGUACGCCACGGGCGAGGCGGUGCUCUACGAGUGCAGCUUCGCGCUGCCCCCAUCGCUCGACCCCAUGCAGCCGAAGGGGCACGGCGGUGGUGGCCGUGGGAAAAAGGGCUCGGGCUCCAAAGGGGCAGCCGGGGGGUCAGGUGCUCGGGGCUCGCUGGAUCCCGAUUCUUUGCUGGGCGCGAUGCUCCGGCAGGACGAGUCGGUGUACGUGUGUCCGCCCGACCCCGUUCCCAAGUUCUCUUUCUCCAAGAGCUACUUCUCGGAGCUGGGCGGCAUGGGAAGCUUGGACAUUGCGGACCAACUGUCGAGGGGCCGUGCGGUCGACAGGGCCACCAUCACAGAGGACUCCUCUGCCGACAUGAAGCCGGAUAUUAACACGGCCCUCAUGCUCACACACGAGCUGCCUGACUUUGGGCAGCAGAGCUGGUCCACGAUGGCCGGCCCCGGCCUCGGCGGCGAGGGCGACAGCGACGACGGGGCCGGUGGCGACCUCCUCAGCGCCCUGCAGUGCUUCGGCAUCAGCGUGGACGAGCUGGAUGUGUUCGAGCAGGACGAGCGGCUCGUGAUGCUGGAGCUCGACUCGCUGUCGGCGCAGCUCAACGAGACCAUCUCCAACAUGGACAUCCUCGACUACGUCGACGACUCGCUGAGCCGCCGCACGGGGCAGUUCUCCCAGGGAGAGCUCCUGGCCAAGCCUGAGAGCUCCCUUUCCUGUCCGACCUCAUCACAGAGUCUUGCUUACAUGCAGCCACAAGUGACUAAUCAGCAGCAGCAGCAGCCGCAGCAGCAGCAGCAGCCGCCUGCCAAGCAAGCACAGCAGCAAAUGUUUUACCAGGCGAAGAUAAACAGGAGAUACACCAGCUGGGAUGAGCAACAGCAACACGCAGCAAUGCACCAGCAUCCCCAGACGUCACACCAGCCCCAGCGGCAGAGAUUGCAAUUAAUGCAGCACCAAGCAGGGGCCCUGAUCGUCAAUGGGCAAAUUCAGCAGCACACACAGCAGCAGCAAGCGAUGCAGUCAUACCAAUUCACUCCUUUGGAUGACGGUGGUGAGCAGUAUAACGUGGAAGCUGCUACUGCCGCUAGUUACACCCAGAGCUUUCCAGCCUGUCAGCAAAUGCAGCUGAACAGCAGGGUUGCGGUCGACAGCAGCAGCUACGGCCGCCUGGGCUUCAGCAGCAGCAGCAGCAACGGGGCGACCCAGGCAGGAGAAGGGCAGUGCAGGACAGCUGCAGCCGGAACCUCCAUUUGUGGCUAUGCCACUCAGCUACAGCAGUUCGUGCCCUCGAAGAUGCCGGCUGCUCAAAGCUUCAUGCUCAAGCAGAACUUUAACCUGCUGUCCUCUUGCCAGUACCAGAGCCAACAGUGCCCAGCUACUGUCAUGAAAGAGCAGCUCACCGGCGAGGUAUCUGAGCGGCAGCAGCAGCAACUGCAGCAACUGCAGCAGGAGGACCUCAUGAUGUCUUGUUCAGGCAUCUCAUGCACAGUGGAACAGGAAAGGCAGUACAAGCUCUCCAUGGACCGCAACAUCGGAAAUGGCAACGUGCUCUACGAAGGCGUCAACUGCGAGCAGCUGAGCAGUUUUCCUGACGGGGAAAGCCUUCCAGUCCACCCUGGCAUGAGCCAGCCCAUGCCUGAUGCCAUGCAGUACUUUCUGGACUCGUGAAAAAGGGUGGCAAAGGAAAACCCCAUCUGUGCCCUCUUCCAAGCUAGACACUAAAGUGUUACCAGCAAAAUGAUGCAGUGUUAUUGCCAUAGAGUAAGUGUGCCACAAAGUUUUGAAAGCUCUUGUUCUGUUUUUAAUUUAAUAUGUAUACAUGUUUUUGUGAUCCUGAUAUGUGUAUUUCACAUGCACUAACCUUUUUUUUUGUCAUCAUCAUUAUUAUUGUUGUUAGACACACAUAAUGUUAUACAUUUUUAUUUUAUGAUCUGCAGAGAGUAUUAAUCUGAUGAUUUGGCUGGUAAGUUGGUGUGAUUCUAAGAUUGACCAUUAAAGUUCCAAAAACUGUCAGUGUUAAAGGUAUAUGAUAUUAUGUGUGAUGAUUAUUGCAUUUGACACAAUAUGGAAAAAUGUAAUGAUGCAUUAUUUUUGGUUUGUUUACAACAUGUUGCUGAUAAGUCAAUGUGGCUAUGAUAAAAGUAACGCACAAAAAUCAGGCAUGAAGAGAUGCCAAUUUUAUAUGAAAGUAUAACACAGACACAAGAGAUAAAAACAAAAAUCUGGCAUACAUAACCUGAUAUUUUUUUUAUUAUUAUGAACAUUAUUUACUGACUAUACUGUAAUAUAUGUACCCAUGAGUUGUUUUCCUUUCUUUUUUUAAAGACUAUAUAAACUUAUUAUAAUAACGGCUGCAACUCUGCAGAGGAAGGAAUGAAACCAUGUUGCACUAUGAAGUGGACCCUGGCCUCUUUUUUUCUGAACUAUCUGAAGGAUUUAGCUUAUUAACAUUGUAAAACAAUGCUGAGAUAUUAUGUGCUUCCCAUGCCAAGCAAUUUUUUGAGCACGCUAUCGUUCAAGAGACUGUGGCGGUGGUGAAUUGUCGGCGGAGUAAUCUGACCUGCACCAAAGCGCAGAGUAAAUGGGUAUUUGUGUAAUGAAGGCUUUUUAUUUCUAUUGUUGUGUAGGUAGUUGUGGUUGUGGUGUCCACCCAUUAGGAGAAUGGGGCCCCUGUGCAAACUGCCAUCCCCCCCUCCCAAUUGUUUGUCCCAAGGUGGCAUGGUUAUGAGCACACACUAUCAUGAACAUAACUACAUCUUAACACGGAGGCUUUCGCAACCAACAUCACGGUUCAUUAUUGAUUUUAGGGUCAGAUCGCGUCAGCUAAAUGUGUCGUAAAUCCCUCCUCUAAUAUGCAACAAUUGUUAAAUGUUGUGAAUUUCUCAGCAGUCAUAGAUUGGCGCGAUUGUUCGCGUGACAACCUCAUUAAUUGGCUGUGUCGGGUGGAGGGAGUUUGCAAUACACAUUUUACUUACGCGAUCUGACCCAAAAAAAAAAUGUGCGAAUAGCUACACAUGCUGACAGCGCCUCCUCAGAUCAACGCCCACCUCCCGGCUCUCCGACAAUGUGCGUCCUGGUUGCUCCACGCGUUGUUCGGCAUGGGAUUCACAUCGCUUGCUGUCUGGCAUAGGAAUCACACCGCGUGCUGUUCAACAUGGAAAUCACACCGCAUGUUGUUCGGCAUGGGAUUCACACACGUGUUGUUCGGCAUGGGAAUCACACUGCGUGUUGUUCGGCAUGUGAAUCACACCGCGUGUUGUUCGGCAUGUGAAUCACACCGCGUGUUGUUCGGCAUGUGAAUCACACCGAGUGUUGUUCGGCAUGUGAAUCACACCGCGUGUUGUUCGGCAUGUGAAUCACACCGCGUGUUGUUCGGCAUGUGAAUCACACCGCGUGUUGUUCGGCAUGUGAAUCACACCGCGUGUUGUUCGGCAUGUGAAUCACACUGCGUGUUGUUCGGCAUGUGAAUCACACCGCGUGUUGUUCGGCAUGUGAAUCACACCGCGUGUUGUUCGGCAUGUGAAUCACACCGAGUGUUGUUCGGCAUGUGAAUCACACCGCGUGUUGUUCGGCGUGAUUUCCAUGCUGAACAACACAACCCGAAAAGACAUCAGAGAGAGAGAGAGAGUGAUUAUUAUUAUUAUUUUGUUGCUUUCAUUUUGAAAUAUUCCACCACUCAGUAUUUUUUUUAUAUAUAGUUUAAGGUUGUAUGAACUGUUGGGUGUGGUGCAGAUUAAAGGAUUGUUUUCUUUUCAUUGUUGUUUUGAAUAUUGCAGUACAUAGCCAUAAGCAAAUGUAACAAUUAUGAGUUUGUGAGACGAUUGUAGAAUACAUCGAAUACAUCGCUACACUACCUAUUUACAAAAGAACAAAUCAACCAGAUGAAAAAUAACCAUUGUAUAUAUAUACAUUACGUCUCAAAAUAAUGUUAAUUAACCACUGAAAUCUACCAGUAUUUAAUUGUGCAAUUAUGAAACGACCAAAACAAUGCACAGGACUUCAAUAAAGACAACUAUGAAGAAAUUCACGUGUAAUUGUUAAAGUGCCAGAAUAUAAAAAAACAUAAAAUAUGUUAAUAAUGUACUUAUUUUUAAUAUUGUCUUACUGCUAAAUAAAAGUGGAAGCAUUUUGGAAUAUCUAUGUCCAAGUCCGUCACUCAAACUAGAUUCAUAGAUGUGAGUCUGCAUGGAGGGUACAUCAUACCCAAAUACAACGGCAAAAGCAACUGGAAUCAGAUUCAAGUGCAAAUCGAUUACGCUAUUGCAUUAUGUGUUUAACAUCGCAAAGCGACGCCUGUGAUUUGCUGAAAUACGUGUGGUAAAAUAACUGUCCAUUUGUUAUGAAACAGGAUGUCAUGGGGUUUGGCCUCCAUAGCAUCCCUUUCAAUUUUCCUUCAUUGGAAUCAACUCAAGACUGUUGAUCUCAUGGGCCCAGUUGGAAUGGAGCCCUUUCAAUUGGAACUUUUAAACAUAGAUUGAAAACUCAUUUCUAGCGAACUGAUUUUUGUCUUCAGUUUGUUGUGCUUCAUCCGCAACCUCCCGUUUAGUUCGGUUGGCUACGUACGGUGCGAAAGGUCAACCAUACGUACAUUAACAAUAUGAUGACGUUAAUGAGAGAGUAGACAUUCGCAGCUAACAGAAAACUUCACGUGAAAAACACGCUGCGAUUAUUAACUGCGUUUUUUUUUAUAAUAACUAAAUAAUUUUAGAUCCUGAGAGGAACGACUGUCUACACGUCGAUGAACGAGUCUUCGUAAAAUAGUUGUAACCGUGUAUUUGAUGCACGAGUGGCGAGGCAGCUAUUCUAGUGUUAUUCGGAAGAUAUUUAGAAGUUUUACAAUAGAAUUAUAAAAUAGAAUUGUAAAAAACAUGACAAAAGAAUAAUGUUUUUUGAAUAAGUAAUGAUAAUUAGUAUUGCUGAUCAAGCAUGGAAUUUCAAUUAAAUUAGUAUCUACUUUUAUAAAAUGUACUUUAUAUCAACAUUAUUCUUAAUGGUAUCAUUGUACAGUACUUCCAUUUUUAUUUCACAAUGAUCAAUGGUGUACCCUUUAAGCGGUGUAAACCUCACUGAUUUUACCAGACCGUAUUUACAAUCCUCAAGUUUGGCACAUCAUCAUCAUCACCCAUUGUCUAUCUACUGCUGGAUGAAAUUCUUCCCCCACUGCCACCAUCCCACAUGAGCUGCAAUGCCACAAUCCAUCUCACUCCUACGCGUGAGCUGUGUUCGCAGUGCCAUGCCAAGCAUCCAUCUCUUGCUUGCUUGUGUACUUUUCAUCUUUUGUUUAAACGCCUUUGUUAUUGUCGAUGUUUUUGGUGUACCUCUCAGUGGGAGAUGUGCAUCGAUUGAAAAGUGUCCUUCAAGCAGGCAGAGAUGCUCAUUUGCAUGAUCAAAUUUGUUUUCCCCAAAGUUGCAUUAAUCUUGCUCUUGAUCGCCUCUUUAUUUAAUAACGUGUAUCCCCAUUUACCUUCCAUAAUUAGCUUCGGGUGUGCAUUUUUUUGCUGUGUUUUCCAAUUGUGUCCCCUUUUUGUUGAGCAAAACUUUGCUAGGCCCACUUAUCACUCGACCAUUGCGCUCAGGUUUAACGUUGAAGAAGUAGGAUACAAAAGUGUACAUCAGCAUCGGUGGCUUUCACACAAACUGCUUAAGAAUACGCACUCGGUUUUUACCGUUCUGCUGUGGAGUUCUCCGAAUUGUUUGUAGGUUGUUCGACAUGACGUCCGAUGUAGUGCGAAACGUCAGGCACCGUGCUUGACAACACAUGGCAACAACCUGAAAACUCAAGUGAGAAUAGACACUCAAUCAUGUGCAGUGCCACAUUGUUACGUUACAGAAUGUGAUCUUGCCAGAGUCUAUCCACCAACAAGUCCCUCGAUCGUAAUUUUUGAUAGAGCAGUACCGACGCUUUGCACUGUAUAAUAGAAUCUAUAACAUAGUAUUUAAACUAGAUUGACUAAUUUAGUGAUUACAAACAUAUAAGGUAUAUUUUGAAAGUAAAACAAGUUUAAAUUUUAUUAUUAGGGCUUAAACUGUGACAAAUUGAGUCUUUACAAAAAAUGCACAAUAUUUUGUUUUAUAUAUAAUUAUAACAACAGUCACACUGGGUGUGGACACUCUCAACCUACAUUUUUAUUUUGUUCUUACAAAACAACACGUGUGGCUAAAGUUCACUUUUCGAGGCCUAUUACAAUCAAUCAUGUAUUGUUCAUCAAAAUAUAAGGGUACAAUUUCAAAAUAUGUAAUGUCUACAUAUUAAUAGAAUGCAAUAAUUGCAAUUGAAUCAAGUCAUUGUGCAUUCUCAACGUGUGCAGUGGAAGUACAAGGUGUAUUUCAAAUAUCAUGGGACAUUUUUUCCAGCAUCAUACUUUGACACUGGAAAAAGAUCCCACGAUAUAGCUGCUCAGCCCGAGCUAUAAAUGCUCUGAUAGUGGCAUUGUCUUUGUACCGUGUGCCUUUUGGCGUUCUCUGGUCUGACACUGGUGAAACUAGGCCAUAAAGAAGGCUGUCUCUGGUGUAGGCCAAUCAGUUUCAAAGACAAUGCCAUUUAUUAUUAGAGCAUGUUUGUUUGCAUGUUCACCACAAGUAUAUGUGGUUAAUGCAGACUUGGUUCUUUGCAAAAGGAAUCUAUUUGGUGUUUGAACAUCUUAACACCCGUUUUAAUUGCCAGAAAGGGUAAAACCUAUUCCUAUUUAUCAUGGAUCUGAAAUGCUGUGCAGGAGGCCCUGGGAGGGGCUGGUGACAGCCUAUGAGCUUGACAUUCAACACAGGACUGAGGCUGAAGAAUUCAAAAACAUUCACAUACAAUUUCUUAAUGUAGGACAGAUCUCUUAUGCUUUUCUAAACUUGUAUUAUUGCGGUGUCUAGACACUACAGUGGUAAUAUUAAACGAUUCAGAAAUGUUGAGGCUCAUUUACAGUCUAGUUGUGUAUUGAUGACUCCAGCAGUACUGCUUUUGCAAUCAAUUACACCGUGAACAGCGUCGUGUUAACGUUGCAAAUGGCUAACUCCACAGUUUAUAUUAUAAUCAUGGUUUCACCUACAUUAUCGUAAUAUCCGCACCCCCGAUUAGCACGGUUGGCUAUGUUGGUAUGUAUGUUGAGCUUCUUUUACACCGUUUGUAGCCAACCGUGCUAAUCAGAGGUGCGGGGGAAGGACAACAAAUUAAUCACAAAAAGGAGUUCCAAAGAAACUAGUUUUCAAUUUAGAUGAUUUAAAAGUGCAUAACUCCAGUGGCUUCCUAAUAUCGGAAGGAAGAGUGUUCCAGACGGCCGCUGAUACGCAUCUGAAAGCGUGAAAUGCGGUGACCGUCUUUGCUCGAUGGCUACCCAAAAGCCGCCGCUACGAGGAUUCCUGGAGUUUGCUUGGUGAUGGUUUAUGCUUCUUGACGAGAUCAGCCAGGUAUUGUGGUGCAUUUUUGGGAAGUACUUUGUGUGUAAUGAGUGUGGCUAUGUACAGUGCGAAAGAAGUUCAACAUACAUGCAGCUGGCAUAUAACCAAAAUUCAGUCGAAACAGGCUUCAUUCAACAAGGGACACAUUCAUGUUUCUGUUAAAAACCUCGUCCUGUAAUAUACUUUACUUACCCAGUGAGAGGCAUUGCGAUUUAUUGGAACUGAUUUAUGUGUUGGCAGGAAUAGAUUUUCCACCAGCCUAACACAAAGAGCACGAAUUUGGCCAUUUUGUCAAAAUAUUGUUGGAGACUACAUGCCAACUCUUUUGGAAGGGAGACUCAUCGUUGCAAAAUCACCCAAGGCAAAUACUCCAAACAACUGCCUACUGCUGUUAGAACAUCUUUAAUGUCCACCGUAUUGCAGAUGGGCAUGCUUUAUAUAUGUUUUCUGAAGAAAGUACCAAAUGACAAUGGGAAAUUAAUGAACGAUUCCAUCCAAACCGACUCGGUCACAAGUGUGCUCACUGCGAUGCUUGGUCACUGGACACGUAAUGAUGCAUCAGUAGAAUCAAAGUAGAUACCGUAUGAUGAUAAUUUGUAUUAAAAUGUUCACGAAAGUAAUACUUCAUGUUACAUGAAUAACGUGACAAAGAAACAAUAUGAGCAACAACGAAAAACACGAGACAUUAAAUAAUCUAUCUAUGUGACUUUGCCGAAAGACCCAAGAAUUUAAAUAAUUGAUACAUUUUUUAUUAAAUAUUGAUCCUGACUCGUGACAAUUCAUUCACUUGUUAAGGGGUCGGGUGUUUGAUGACAUGUCAACACAUAAUAGGUGUGGAUAUGUUUUUAAAUUUCUCGCUCACUAAAAUGUCGAGUGAUAUUUUUUUGCAAAUGUUCCAUUGUGCACCUGGUGCUACACGUGGAUCACCGUAACUAUUUUUUGUUUUGAUUUGCGCCACGUUCGAAUGGGAGAAGGCUGAAGUGUUACAGGACACUGCCUGACGAACCAAUCUCCAAUACUGUAGCCUCUGAGUGGUCGUUCAUUCUUUUUAUACGACAUUAAAACGUCUGCGUUCUAGGUUGAGCCAAGUUAAAUAGAUCCACAUUUGGUUAUGCUGCCAAAAAAUACACAGCAUGUGUAAAAACAUGUAAUGCUCCUAGAUUGAAAGAAGUUCAACAUACAUGCAUACAUUGCACUAAUACAAUGCUACACAUUUUGCAUUUGACAAAAAACAGGAAAUUAUAUUCAUGCAUCACGCCUACACAUUCAAUGAAAUGUGUUUUACUGGCCCAGUCAGAUGGCUGAGGGAAGCAUUGCCAUGCAAUCGUAUCACAUUCAGAAGACAAUCAUGCACAAAGACAUUAUGGUGAAUUCAGUGCAGUACAUUUUCCACGUGAGGUGAGUAGUAAGCACAAUGUGAAUUUUUUUAAACACACUGCUUCUAUCAGUGACCUUUGAAAUGAAUGGCUGUUUUAGAUAACGGAUGGGCAGUUUGAUUGAACGUUAUAUUGUAAAAUACCUAGAUUUUAAAUGUGCUUUGUGUCAUUCAAUUAUUUUUGGCCAACUUAGUGUGGCAUACAGUGUAUCAUACGUACAGUGUAUCAUAAAGCUUUAAAUCAAGAAUAUUGCAAACCAGUAGCAUUAUUAUGGUAUGUAUAUUUAAAAACUAUAAAUACAUUUGCUUUACGUUUGUUAUCAUGUUAAAACAUGAGUGUACAAAUAAUGUUGGUUUUACAGUCAUAAUGAUUAUGUCACGAUACAUAUGAGCAAUAAAUUAAUAAACAGGACGAUUGCAUUGACACAAUCAAAUCCAUCAGGGGGGGUGUCAUGGUGUUUUAAGCUCGAUGUCAGUAGCACUUUGUGUUGUUAUUGUGUAUCUUUCAGACCACCCUAUUCAAUGUUUAAUCAUCUGUACAUGUCACAUUUUUUCUAAAUUGAACAUUACGGAUUGUCUAUUAACCAUAUAACGGGAAGCAUAACCAAAAUUCAACUCUGCCUGGAAAUGACAAGGCAAUCGGAUGGAUUACACUAUGUAACACAAUUUUUGUUCCUGGGUAGUAAGUGUUAUUUCGGAAUUGCUUAUGCCUAAACAGUAUAGAAAAUGGCUAUUAUAUCCCACAAACUUUGCUUUUAUGACCAGGGCAGUAAUAUUUUGAAAUGUACCUAUUUUCAAUGAGAAAACGGGCAAAUUUCUCUAUUUUCGUUCACAUAAAGUAAAUACAAAGAAUUACUACAAAAGAUUUAGAAGUGAGUCGUUUUUCGAGAUUUACGAUUAUACUGUAAAUCACUUUCACGAAUCAGCCCCCAAAUAUCUCCCAUCGUGUUCUCGUCAUACUGUCCUUGGUAGUAGCGUUCAAAGUCCAGUAUAUGCUGGUGGAAGCGCUCGCCUUGCUCUUCCGAGUACGUUCUCAUGUUCUUGAAUUGAUCAAAUUGAGCAUCAAGGAUAUGGACUUUGAGGGACAUCCUACAGCCCAUUGUGCCGUAGUUCUUCACCAGUCUCAACCAGCUCUACACAUAGUUUUCGACCUUGUGAUUGCCCAGGAAGCCACGAACCACUGCUACAAAGCUGUUCCAAGCCGCUUUCUCCUUACUCGUGAGCUUCUUGGGGAAUUCAUUGCACUCCAGGAUCUUCUCUAUCUGUGGUCCGAUGAAGACACCGGCUUUGACCUUUGCCUCAGACAGCUUAGUGAAGAAGUCUUGAAGGUACUUGAAGGCUGACGACUCCUUAUCUACAGCUAUGACAAAUCGUUUCAUAAGGCCCAAUUUGAUGUGCGGUGGUGGCAUCAGCACCUUCCGGGGGUCCACCAGUGGCUCCCACUUGACGUUGUUCCUCCCCACAGAGAAAUCGGUCCGCUGUGGCCAGUCACACCUGUGGUAGUGCGCCUUGGUGUCCCUGAUGCCCCAAAGGCAAAGAUAGCAGGGAAAUUUGGUAAAACAGCCUUGGAGACCCAUCAGGAAUGCCACCAUUUUGAAGUCUUGGAUGACCUCCCAGCAAGACUGGAUUAUGGACUGGGCCAGUGGGUCCAGUGCCCCAGGGCCUCGGACUGCCAGCGGGCCUCCAAGCCUCAGGCCGCGCGUGGUGCGUGACCCAAGACUUCAGCGUUCAACUUCUGAAGGCCCCUCAGUGCACACAGCGCAAGCUGACCACUAGGCCCCUGGGUGCUUAUAGCGUGAGCCAACCACUAGGGCCCCCCAGACCCCUCAGUGCUUACAAUGUGAGGGCACUCCAGACCCCUUGGUGUUUACAAUGUGAGGGCCCCUAGGCCCCUGGGGCUUAAAGCAUGAUCUGACCACUAGGGCCUCUGGGCCCCUCGGCACCUACAGUGUGAGGGUCCCUGGGCACCUCCGCGCUUAAAGCGUGAGUUGACCACUAGGGCCCCCAGGCCCCUCGGUGCAUACAUCGAGUGUAACACCUGGGCCACUUGGUACAUAACAGUGCAUGUGUAAAGGAGAGCCGACACAAUAUUGCAGGGGGGUUAGUCUUUUAAUCCUUUCCUCCCAUCCACACCUCUCCCCAGCUGUCCCAAUCUCGUUCCCGCCAAAAGCCCCUUCUUCCCACCCGUUCUCCCCUCAUAUCUCCUCGAUUACCCCUCCCACUAACCCUCCUAUUGGUGGGAAUCCUUCCCCCGACACCCCUACACAUGCUUAAAACGAGAGCCUCUCGGAUUGUACAGCGCUUCUGUACAACGGAGCCACUGGUUGGCACGCUACAAUAUGCUGUGACAUGAUACAAUAUUCACCAACAAGUCAGUUCAUUCUGCAUAACAGGACAGUUUGAAGGGCGUCAUAUUACGGCAAGCCGUUCGUUAUUUGACUCACCGUCACUAGCUAUCCCUUUAUUUUAGCUCGCUGUCCAUUUUCACUCGCUAGCUGCACGUAAGAUUCAGCUUGAUAACAUAAAUUAGUUAGCUAGCUGACAGUUUUGACAGCUAGCUGCCCUUACAACCAAAUUAGCUGCACUAAAAAGCCAGCUAGUGAGACCGAGGGCUUGUCGUUUGUUGAAAGCUUAGUUAGCCGUUGACAAAUCAAUUAUUAAAAAUACACCACAGUCUUGUGAAACAUAAAAAAUAUAUGCCAAAAGCUAUAUUUUUUCAUCUACUAAUGCAUAUAUAAGAGACCCAAUCCAUACUUAAAGAUUAAGUUAAACCCCAUUCAUUUUUUCCAUAGACCGUCUGUUUUUAUAUCCACGGAAGUAGAUAAUGCUAACGUUGACAUGCAAAUUGUCGACAGCUCUUACGAGGUCUUUUUUUCCCCUCCCCAUCGAUGGGAUGUGGCCUAUGUGCAUAGUCUCCACCAAGUCAUUUCACUGACUUAUCAGAAACCUUUGUUGGUUGUUCAGCCAAUGAAAAAUAAGUUAUCUUUUGAAUUUCAAGCAACAUAAUUCUCUCUGCAGGUAUAUAAGACAUUUCUUGGUAAGAAAAGCCACAGACAGAUGCCUGUUUUCUUGCUUGGUAUGCCACAGUAAUAUAUUCAGAGACUCCUCUUCUUGGUUCUUUCGGUAAUGUCACGUAGAAUGGAAAUAAUAAAAUAAUACAAAUAAAACAU